AUGAAUUAAUUUUAAUCAAUUAGAGAAGGCUAUGAAGAAAUGGGUCAUCAAUAAUAUUAUCAAUAACACGGCUCCAAUUAUCAAAAUCCUCAUGAACAUAAAAUUAAAUAGCUACUCUUAAUUGCAUUAACUGAAUGGAAACCUAAACUAACCAAAGUGCUUGAUUUAGCUUGUGGAAGUGGGGAAAUCACACUUAUGCUACAAUCAUUAGGAGUCAAAAAUAUUGUAGCCAUUGAUCCUUAUACUAUGCUAGCAUUUAAAAAAAGAACAGGAUAAGAAUGUCUACCUAUUUCUUUUGAAUAAAUUGCUGAUGGAUAAAUACAAGACCAUUAAUAUUCAUUAAUUAUUUGUAGUUAUGCUAUGCAUUUAGCUGAUGAUUCUUUAUUGCCAGGUUUAUGCAUUCAAUUAGCCAUGAUUUCUAAACACAUGAUUAUACUUUCUCCUCAUAAAAGACCUAUUAUUAAAUGGGGUUGGAAUUAAAAUCAUGAAAUUAUUAAAGAUAAGAUUCAUGCUCGUUUCUACACUUCAACAUAUUUAUGA